AAGAUAGAGUGCCGUGAAGGACAAUUGCGUGACGAAGACGCCACUCCCAGGAGACCCUUCGCACUUCACCCCACGGCAGAAAGCUCCCAUCGCCAUGGAUGGCCGAAACCGGCGGCGACAAUUUGGCGGCCCAUGCUACUGUCUCCGGCCACUGAUUCGGCUCUGGGGCGUCGUGACAGCGAUUGUGAUCAGUGGCGUCGGGAUAGAUAUAAUGGUGCACGGCUACACUGCAGGUGUUUAUAUUAUAGUUGCCUCCGUAGUUAUAUUCCUGCUGGAAAUCAAAUGGCUCUUCACACUGUUCAUAGUGCUGUGUACAAACAGUGACUACUCGUCCCCGUGCUACCGGUGUUGGGGUGUAUGCCGAUACUGCGGCGGUUGGCACCUGACUUUUCCGUACGUGGCCUUAGGUAUUGCGCUCAUCGUGUGGCCCCAUCGGCUGUGGCUGAGCCACGUGGCAGGAGGACUGCUCAUCGGGCAGGCCAUGUUGCGGUUGCUGACGGUGUGCAAGUUUCGACCGCACGACAAGGACGAUGAGCUGCUGAACCACUUUGACGAGCACGGCGACAAGUACGACAACCUAUCGGAUGUGCUGGUCGAUAAUUCGAUGCCCGAGCCUGGCCAAAGUCUGGAGGAUGUGAACGACGAGGACGAUGACGAUGUGGCAAUCAAUGGCGGGAAAAUGUGACAGGAUGGGCCCCCGUGCCCAAAACCAAACAUCAAGAAGUGCAUGAAUCAAAACUACGAGAAGCUGGACAACGAGUGUGACUGCGACGUGAUCAAAUAGAACGUUACGGCCCUGUAGGCAAUGCAGCCAGCGUGCCUGUAUAUAAUGUUAGCCAGCACAAAUUGGCAGGAUUGCUUGCAAUACAAACAAAUCCUUCGCUGCCACGCUGCGGGAUCUGCAGGGCGUUGAGUCGAAAAUCGCGUUUCAUUUUGUCGCUCCAAUAAUGUAUUUAAUAGCGUU